AUGUGCGACACAUGCAACCGUGUCGUGUGUUCAGAAUGUAUUUCUCUACCAGAGGAAAUUGAGCAGGCUGGUGGCCAGUUCAUCUGCCCGUACUGUCACAAGAGUGAUAGUACCGGGAAACAGCGCAAAAUACGGCCGUAUAAAAUUGGUGAUCAUAUUGUCCCAUUCCGAGGGCUGGCCACCCAGCGGCAGCUUCUGUCGAUGUCAUGCACAGAACCCCUCGUUAUCAUGUCAAUCCGCCCUUCCAAGGUCUCACCUCAUGACCUUCCGGCAAGGAUGGUGUUCGAUCACCUCCACCCUUACCUGCAAGGUAAUAUAGCAUACGUCGAUAUCGACUUCAACUUCUCGACAACAGCUUUUGCGGACUCCUACGAGGAACGCCUUGUUUCUGAGCUGAGGAUAGGCUCCUUGAAGCGCUUCCAACGGUUUGCCAUUUUCCUGGCCGACAAGUCUCCAUCAGGAUAUCGGGGCACGCAGGUCAUCCUCAUCGAGGAUAGCAAAUCUUUGAAAGAACUGUUCCAGAAGGUAUUCCUAGACGAAUUUUGUGCAUUGCUCAGCCCAACCAUGGCAAGCACCUCAAAAAACAUGCUGACCCUACUUACCCGGACUGACAUUCUCUCCAACGCCGAGAGGUUUACCUUCCUCAAAGACCUCGCAUCAAGGCAAUACUUCGCUCAGAUCGCUGCUUUCACCCAACCUAACCUCCCGGCUUGCUCCACACAUGAAUUCAUUCUCGCCCUACACCUCGGCUUCCACGUCUACAUGCGACCCGGCCUCGAUGGCACCAUCAACGAGCAGGAUAACCUUGAAGCACGGCGCAGCGAGGUAUGUGUGGACCCACAUCACGAGGAAGCCAUUUGGGCAGGCACUGCCGGCGCAGUGCAGUGGAUGUGGGUCUAUUUAUCCGUAUAA